AACGACAACAGGAGCGCUGCUUUUAUCGCUUUUGUCAGUGACGCCAACUGUCACGGCCGAAUGCUACACAUUGUCGAAUUCCACGCAAUGCUCAGCUUUCCAGGAGGCUUACGUGUCGACCAGCGACUAUCUCGUGGGACUAUAGUGAGUUGCGCUUGGCGUGAAACUCACGUAGAUGUUCGAUGGUUAUCCCUAACUCAUGCGCUUGCAGCCCCUUCCUCCAAUACGUCUCAGAUACCGCUUCGUUUGAUGAACAAUUGAGUUCGUUUGUCCAAACCAGCUAUGUCCAAGAGAAGUACCAAACACUACUCGGGUGUAAUAACGUCGAUCUCACCAAUACAACUGAGUUGUAUGCACGAUUUACAACCUCGGUCAUUUGUAAUGCCAUUGUUCAAAAUUCAAUCGACGAUUGCGAUUUGUCUGGCACAGCUGCGAAGCCACUUUGCGCUGAAUCUUGCGCUCAAUUUGCCGAGAGUGAAGCGUACGUCGUGGCGGACAGCAAUAUCUGCUCGGAUCCCAGCAGCAACAACCAAAGUCAGAUAAGAGCCGACUUCACGAAUUGCGCUCUGCCAGCUAAUUCACUUUCGACUGCAAACUGCAUCGACGGAAUUGAUAAUGAACCACUCAAUUGCGGAUACGGCAAUAGCACCAUUGGUCUUUGCACAUACUGCGCGUCGGGGGGGAUCAAUUCCACAGACACGUGCUGCUACAACUCCAACGCCGAGACCCGGUGUGCCGGGGUGGUGUUACCCAGCAUUAGGCCGUCGGUCACCUUCACUGCUACUGCGACAUCGACUGCGACAGGUACUGCUGUGCCUGCCACAGGGAAUACUAACAAUGGCCUGUCCGGCGGUGCCAUCGCGGGCAUCGUUGUGGGUUCAGUGAUUGGUGUUGCCCUGCUCGCCUUCCUCGUAUUCAUUUGUCUUAGGUUGGCACGCCGCAGGAACUCCAGCCAAAAGGGUAGCAUCUUCAACCAACCCUCGCCUUCUAGGAAAGGGCAGUCAACCACACAGCUUCCACCACCGACUCCGCCACAAGGAUACGAAAUUCUUCCUGGUGGGAGGAUAGCACGCAUGUCUGCACUGGAGGGUCACUCGGGAGAUUCACCCUCGAGGCCCGGCGAUUCCCGACGAGGAGAGUCCAGGCGAGGAGAGUCCAGACGAGGGGGAUCCGCAGGCGCUGCUACUGCCGGCGCGGCGGCAGGAUACAUGACGGGAAGAAGGAGAGGUGAUAAUCUCUCAUCAUCCAUAUCUGGAGACAGUCCCGAAUCAGAGACUCGCAUGGGUGUCUUGCGACCACCACCAACAAGCCGUAGGAAUGGCUCAUUGUCGAGCAACUCGAUAAUGGCUGGUGAGGAUGCUCAGUCCCCCACUAGUGCUGGCGGAAUGUCGUCGCCUCAGGGGGUUGCCAGCCAACAGUCUGAGCAGCUGCCAUUCUUCAAGGACUAUUACUCACAAGACGACAUUCACCCCGGAGAUCGCGUGGCUGUUCUUUGGGCCUAUCAACCCCGUGCCGCAGACGAGUUCGCCCUGGAGCGCGGCGACAUGCUCAAGGUGGUUGGCAUAUGGGAUGAUGGCUGGGCUACAGGCGUCAUGAUGGAGGAGCACGCUGAUGAAUGGGAAGCUAGACGACAAGCUCAAAGGGACAGUGGUGUUUCCAACACGUCGGGCCGUGGACGUGAUACCUCUCCUCCAGUCACUGGUGAGAUCAAAGCAUUCCCGCUUGUUUGCGUGUGCCUGCCCGAACAUUGGAGGAAAACCAUAGAGGGAGACGGCUCAACAGAAACCGCAUCCAGCGCCCACCAAGGCAGCCAACUUACUUGAGCCAUAUGAUGACCUGGUAUUUCACGCAUCUCUGGAUUUAGUCCUGAGUCAGGGCGGUGUUUUAUUCGCAUUGCUUCGGCGUUCAGGGCUUUUGGUUUGCACUCUCGGCCGUGGACCACCUCACGACACCAAUCCGAUCUUGUUUACAGCAUUGCGACUUUGUGCUGCGCUCUUAUCCACACAAUCCCUCACCUGCA